AUGUCUUCCGAAGAGUCGCAACAUGACGCGGUGAUCAGUCAAGCUUCAGAGAAGCAGACUAUUUCUCCUAUCACCUCUGAGAAAAAGAGACUUGAACUCAAGGAUAUCACUGAGGACCCAGUCGAGGCCUCGGUCCUUUUCACUCUGGACAACCCAUACCAUCCAUACAACUGGCCAGUUUGGAAGAAGUACCUCAUCGUUUGUAUCUACUGUCUUUUGCAGGCCUAUGUCAACAUGACUUCGACUUCUUAUGUUGCUGUCGAGUGGAUUGUCCAAGAAAGAUUUGGUACCACCGCCCAGGUCUCUGCCCUUGGUCAGUCCAUGUUCAUCUUGGGAACUGGUGUGGGUCCAGCUUUCCUUGGUCCUUUGUCCGAUAUUGGAGGUAGAAAAUGGGUUUAUGUCAUUUCUAUCCUGUUGUAUGUUAUUUUCAACUUUGGAUGUGCAUACCCUAAAAACAUGCCUAUGCUCGCCAUCUUCAUGUUCAUCAUUGGUGUCUGUGGUUCUACCUCGCUUUCUAAUGUUGCUGGUACUAUUGGUGAUCUCUUCGGAAACUCUGACGUUGCUUCUCAGCCAAUGUCGCUUUUCGUUUUCUCUGCCAACGCUGGUCCUUCCGUUGGAGGUGUUAUUGGUGAGGCUAUUGGUGAGAACGUCAACUUGGGCUUCAAGUGGGUGUUCUUGAUCAAUAUCAUCAUCGGUGCUGCUUUCGUUAUUGGCUUAAUGUUCAUGCCAGAAACUUUGCCAAGAAUCGUUAUUCCAGAAAGAAUGGCCAUCGAGGGUAAGUCUGUUCCUCCAUACUUUGUCAGAGAGUUCAAGUACUUUGCCAAGACCAUCACUGGUAAAGAGCCAGACUUUUUGCACGAAGUCACAGACGCCGAAGACCCAAACACCACUAUUGUUGUGGACAAGGUCAGUGCUCUCAGCGAAAUCAAGUUUAUCUGUAUUAUGGCUUUGCGUAUGAUGACCACCGAGCCAAUUGUUAUUUUCCUCGGUUUGUUCAACGGUUUCGCUUACGGUUUGCUGUUCUUGUACCUUGACGGUAUCUUUACUGUGUUUGUGUACAACAACAACCUUACCGCCAUGGGCGCCGAGCUCACGUAUUUGAACUUUGUGGUGAGUGCCGGUCUCGUGGUGUUCCUCGUGCCUAUCCAAACCUGGCUCUUUAAACGUGACAGAGAAAGAAACGGAGGUAUUCCAAGACCAGAAGCUAGAUUCCUCACUUCUCUUGUCACUGUCUGGGGAUUCCCUAUCUCAUUGUUCUGGUUCGCUUUCACCUGCAGUGGUAACGUCAACUACUGGUCUCCAAUCAUGGCCGGUUUCCUUUUGGGUAUCGCUGACCCAUUGCUGUGGUUGGGCAUGUUGAACUAUAUCAUUGACAGUUACUCCGAGGCCGGAUUGAGUAACUCCGGUAUCGCUGCCUUCACCAUUCCUUCCUUCUCCAUCGCUGCUGCCCUUGCCCACGCGGGUAUUGCCAUGUUCGAGAAUAUGAGUGCCAAGUGGGCCAUGGCUACCCUGGCCUUCAUCUCCUUGCUGGUUGUGGCCCUGGUGUACGUGUUGUACUUCUUCGGUGCACGUUUGAGAGCUGCUUCCAGGCUUGCCAGAGUCAGCGGUACCAAAGUUCCAAACUAA